AUGUUUGUUAAAGGGCUCGCGGGCACCGUGGCCCAGGACACUCAGGCCCGUGUGCUCCUCUUCCGGGGGCCCCCGUGCCACAGGGCGGAGGGCACGCCUGGGAGCCGCGGCAGCAUGCAGGGUGCUUGGGUCUUGGCUGGCACACCAGCGGCGGUCAUGUGGAGAAGUGACAACUGCACAGAUGGGCUAGCGCUCGGGAUCCCGUCCAUCCGCCAGGCCUGGGGAUUAUGGGCCCUCUUCGGGGCUGUGACGCUGCUGCUGCUCCUCUCGCUGGCCACACACCUGGCCCAGUGGACUAGUGGCUGGAGCGGGCGCCACUCAGUGCAGGGACGCUCCGGAGGGUCUGUGGAAGAGGUCCCCCUGUAUGGGAACCUGCAUUACCUGCAGACAGGACGGCUGUCUCAAGACCCAGAGCAGCAGGAUCCAGGCCCUGGGGGCCCCAGCAGGGCUGCACAGGAGGAAACGUGCUACACCAGCCUGCAGCUGCGGCCCGCUCAGGGCCGAGGCCCCAGCCCGGGGGCCCCCAUCAAGUACUCGGAGGUAGUGCUGGACCCCGAGCCAAAGGCCCAGGCCUCGGGCCCUGAGCGGGAACUGUACGCCUCGGUGUGCGCCCAGAACCGCAGAGCGCGGGCUUCCUUCCCCGACCAGGCCUAUGCCAACAGCCAGCCGGCACCCAACUGA